CCGAAUGCUGGACAGUCAAGAAAAUCCACGAACAUAAGGUCCACGUCAAUGAGAUGAAGAUGUUGAGAUGGGCGGGAGGUGUGACUCGGCUCGAUAAAGUGCGCAACGAAUAUAUAAGAGGCAGCUUUAAAGUCGCACCAAUCGCCCAGAAACUCACAGAGAACCGUCUCAGGUGGUACGGACAUAUCAAAAGACGCAGUGAGGACCAUGUGGUUCAGAUUGCACUAGGUUUGCCUGAGCGGAAAAGAGGUGGAGGCCGCCCGCCACUAACCUGGUGGUCAAAAAUACAAAGAGACCUCAAGGAAGCCCAUUUGCCUGAAAAGACAAUCCAGGACAGAGUAUCCUGGCGCAGACGAGUGAGGAGACCCGACCCCAAAUAAUGGGAAAAGGGUAGGACAA